CCACAGCAGCAGCGAAAAAAAAGAAAAGAAAAGAAAAGAAAAGAAGAAGAAGCAGCAGCAGCCAAGCAGCAGCUUCGCCGGCCCAUUGCCCUUCCGGAAUUAGAAAACGGGAACCAUGGCGCUUCCCUCCCUAAUCUUGCUGCUCUCUGUGCUGAGCAUCACACCCGCCGCCGUGUCCCUGAACCAGGACGGGCUGUUCCUGCAGCGGGUGAAGCUGGGCCUCUCCGACCCCAACGACGCCCUCUCCUCCUGGAACGAGCGCGACCCCACCCCUUGCUCCUGGAACGGCGUCCUCUGCUCCCCGGACGGCGCCCACGUCACCGCCGUCGACCUCUCCAACGCCCUCCUCGCCGGCCCUUUCCCCUCCUUCCUCUGCCGCAUCCAAACCCUCACCUCCCUCUCCCUCUUCAACAACUCCAUCAACUCCUCCCUCCCCGACGCCGCCAUCUCCGCCUGCCGCGCCCUCCGCUUCCUCGACCUCUCCCAGAACCUCCUCCAAGGCCCCAUCCCGCCCGCUCUCGCCGACCUCCCCGACCUCCGCCACCUCGACCUCCAGGGGAACAGCUUCUCCGGCCAGAUCCCCGCCCGCUUCGGCCAGUUCCGCAGCCUCGAGUGGAUCUCACUCGCCGGCAAUCUCCUCACCGGCACCAUCCCCCCUCAGCUUGGCAACAUUACCACCCUCAAGCAGCUCCUGCUUGCUUACAAUCCCUAUUCCGCGGGUCCCUUGCCCGCCGAGCUCGGCAACUUGACCAAUCUCGAUUACCUCUGGCUCGCCGACUGUAACCUCCGGGGCCCCAUCCCGGACUCGCUCGCCCGGUUGCCCAAGCUGCAGAAUCUCGACCUCACCAACAACCGCCUCACCGGUUCCAUUCCGCCCUCCUUCACUCGCUUCACCAGCAUAGUCCAGAUUGAGCUCUACAACAACUCUCUCACCGGCGCUCUGCCCCAGGGCUUCUCCAAUCUCACGACCUUGAGGCGUUUCGACGCCUCCAUGAACAACUUGACCGGGACCAUUCCCGACGAGCUCUGUGGGCUGGACCUCGAGUCGCUCAAUUUGUUCGAGAAUCGGAUUCAAGGGAGCCUGCCCGAGAGUAUAGCCAGCUCCCCCAACUUGUACGAGCUCAAGCUCUUCAAUAAUCAGAUGAACGGGACUCUGCCCGCUCGACUCGGUCUCAACUCCCCGCUGAUGCGGCUGGACGUCUCCUACAAUGGCUUCUCCGGUGGGAUCCCACCGAAUUUGUGCGCCAAAGGACUGCUUGACGAUCUGAUUCUCAUCUACAAUUCUUUCUCCGGGAACAUCCCCGAACAUCUCGGGAAAUGUCGUAGCUUGGGUCGAGUUCGAUUGAGGAACAACCGCUUGUCCGGGCCGCUCCCCGACGACAUGUGGGGACUCCCCGGGAUGUACUUGCUUGAGCUCGACGGGAAUUCCUUGACCGGCCAAAUCUCCAGGAAAGUUUCCUCUGCUUUUAACCUCUCACUUCUGCUUAUGUCGAGGAACCAGUUUUCAGGUCCUAUACCUGUCGAGCUGGGGUUUUUGGGGAAUUUGAUUGAAUUCGCGGCCAGCCAUAAUCGACUCAGUGGCCGAAUCCCGCAGAGUUUGGCGCAGAUGAAUCAACUCGGCAGGCUGGUUCUGAGCAGCAAUGAAUUGUCUGGGGAGUUUCCCGCCGGAGCUCAAGGUUGGAACAGCUUGUUUGAGCUCAAUUUGGCCAACAACAACUUGUCCGGCCAAAUCCCAGACGGGCUAGGAAGCUUGCCGGUGCUCAACUAUCUUGAUCUUUCAGGGAACCGGUUUUCAGGCAAAAUCCCAACAGAUCUCCAGAAGUUGAAGCUUAACUUGUUAAACUUGUCCAACAAUAGGCUCUCAGGCGAUCUCCCUCCCAUGUUUGCCAAGCAGAUUUACAAGAACAGCUUUCUAGGGAACCCAGGUUUGUGUGGGGACAUGGAAGGUCUCUGUCCACAAAAACAAGAACCCAAAAGGAGGAUGAGCAAUCUAUGGAUACUUCGAUUGAUUCUCGUAACCACUGCUUUAAUAUUUAUCCUUGGCGUCACUUGGUUCAUCUUCAAGUUCCGGAGCUUAAAGAAAGUCAAAGCAUGCAUUGUAAUAUCCAAAUGGCGAUCUUUCCACAAGCUUGGUUUCAGCGAGUGCGAGAUCCUCGACUACCUCCAAGAAGACAACGUCAUAGGGAGUGGAGCUUCAGGGAAGGUCUACAAGGUUGUUCUUAGCAAUGGGGAAACCGUGGCGGUGAAGAAGCUCUACGGGGGAGGGCAGAUGGGGAAGAACAUUGACUCCGGUGGAGAGAAAGAUGAAUUUGAAGUGGAAGUGGACACCUUGGGGAAGAUCAGGCACAAGAACAUUGUCAAGCUGUGGUGCUGCUUCAACGCUGCUGACUGUAAGCUACUGGUCUACGAGUUCAUGCCGAAUGGGAGCUUGGGAGAUCUGUUGCACAGUGCGAAAGGAGGGAGGUUGCUGGAUUGGUCUACGAGGUUCAAGAUCGCUCUUGAUGCGGCUGAGGGUUUGUCCUACUUGCACCAUGACUGUGUGCCUCCCAUUGUUCAUCGUGAUGUGAAAUCCAACAACAUUUUGCUGGAUCGAGAUUUCGGAGCUAGGGUGGCAGAUUUUGGAGUUGCUAAGAUUGUUCAAGGAGUCAACAAAGGGACUCAAUCCAUGUCAGGAAUUGCAGGAUCCUAUGGCUACAUUGCACCAGAGUAUGCGUACACGUUAAGGGUGAACGAGAAGAGCGACAUCUACAGUUUUGGAGUGGUGAUACUGGAGCUAGUGACAGGGAGGCUUCCAAUAGACCCGGAAUUUGGGGAGAAAGAUUUAGUGAAAUGGGUUUACUCUACACUAGACCAAAAGGGAGUGGAUCAAGUGAUCGACCCAAAGCUUGUGGAUUCCGGCUUCAGGGGGGAAAUUUGCAAGGUUCUGGAUGUGGGUCUUCGUUGCACAGGCUCUCUUCCCAUAAGCCGCCCUUCGAUGCGGCGGGUCGUCAAGAUGCUGCAAGAAGCUGGGAAAGAGAUGAAGUUGAGGUCCGGGAAGAAGCAAGGGAAGCUCGCGCCGUAUUUCCAAGAAGAAACCUCCGACGAGCUAGAGAGCUGUGACAGUCUGUCUAGGCAAAGAGCUUAGUCGGGGGAUUAGAAAGAAAAUGUUGAUAGUUACCACGAGCGAAAGAAAUGCUGAAGGGCACCAGUCUCCCAUUCAUUCUUUCCUUUUGCCCGACGGAAUUUGGAUGGUUUCCAUCCAGGGGCAGAGGGCAGGGCGAUUUGAUCUUUCAUUAAGGCUCGGCGACCCCAACGGCACAUAAAUUGGAUAGCGACCACAGUCUUGUCUAGAAUAGUGUGCAAGAUGUGUGCAUGGUUUGGUUCAUUAUCAGUUAGUUAGUUAGUUAGUUAGUUAGUGCAUAGGCCAGUAACUGUACUUUUACUUUUAGCUACAAGCUGGAAUUUCAGAAAAGAGGUACACCAGAACAUAACUAUACAUGAAAAUAAUAAGAGAUGCAAUUUCUG